AUGGCGUCGCUUGUGCCCGGGGUCCUCCUCAAGCUCCUGCAGCACAUGAACAGCGACGUCAAAGUCGCAGGCGAGCACCGGUCCUCCCUUCUUCAGGUCGUCAGCAUUGUUCCCGCGCUUGCUGGCAGCGACCUCUUCACCAACCAGGGGUUCUACCUCAAGGUGUAUGAUUCCUCGCACGCGACCUACGUUUCCCUGCCGGAGGACCAGCAUGAUCUCAUAUUGAGCGACACCAUUCAGCUGGGGCAGUUCAUCCAUGUAGACCGUCUGGAGGCCGCCACCCCGGUGCCUAUCUUGAGGGGAGUCAGGCCAGUUCCUGGCCGACAUGCGUGCGUCGGCACUCCCGAAGAUCUUGUCAUGACUAGUUCCUCCAAGUUUCUUGGCGAGAAAAAGGCACAACCACCCGCCAACGGUUCCAAGGAUGCAGGGGCCUUGUCACUAGAGAAAGAGCAGAGCAAGUUGGAGAAACUAAAUGCUUCUGUGAAGAGCAACGGGAUGGAAAGCAAGAAACCGCAGCUGACCAAGUCGAACUCUUCGCUUUCGAAACAAGCGCUGGCCAGCCUUUUCGACAAGAAGGAAGUGGUUACCUCAAAGGUGAAGUCAAACAAUCCUAGGUCGACACCUUCAUCGCCUACCAGUGUACAUUCUCUACCUGCAUCAUUUGAAAGAUUCUCAAAUGACAUGAAGCAGAGAACAAAAGUGAAAGGAGCAGACAAGUCAUCACCAGCAAAGUUAUCCUUGUUAGAAAAAGCAGCUUCUGUGUUGAAGGUUACUACAGCAGGGAGGAAGUCCUCUGCAGGCAACUCCCUUAGUAACACUCUGUUAAGUCUUGAAUCGGGACCAAAGGCGUUGAGAAGAAGCUGGGAAGGGAAGGCAGAUGCAAACGUCAAGGCCAAUUCAGAUUCAAAGGGAGCCAAAGCUGACAGGAAGUCUGAGAUUAGAAGCACAUCGACUCCUAGACGAAGACCACCACCAGCAGCAGAUGAGAAGCCCUCACACAAGGAUGACACUAAGAUUCAGACUCCUCCAAGGAAGAGCACAGCAAGUGCUCCCUCAGAUGAUUCUGACCGAAUGGUGAAUAAGCAUCUUUCUCCUAUAAGAAGGACGUCUGGGGUUUUAAGCAACCCCAAUAUUACAAAUUUAGUGAAGAUUGCUGCAAAUAACAAAAAAUUGACGGAUGCAAACACUUCCUGGACGGCACUUCCUCCAUCACUUGCUAAGUUAGGAAAGGAGCUUCUAAAAUACAGGGAUGCGGCACAAAUGGCUGCGGUUGAAGCCAUGCAAGAAGCUUCUGCUGCAGAGAGCUUACUUCGAUGUUUAAGCACGUACGCCGAGGUGAGCUCGACGGCGGAGGAGCAGAACCCGCAGCUUGCCGUGGAGCAGUUCCUCGCUCUGCACUCAGCCAUGUCGCGUGCCACCGUCGUUGCUGACUCGCUUGCUAAGGCUGCCGCAGCGACCUCUACAACGACUUCACCGGACCGAUCAACAGUGAGCGAAGCCGCGAGCAUCGACGAGGAAUCCCUUGCCGUUGCAGCGGAGCGCCGCCGCCGCGCGGUAUCCUGGGUGGGCGCCGGUCUCGCCACUGACCUCUCCGCCUUCUCCCUCUACAACCUCAGGCCGCCCCCCGCCAAUACGUCCUCCCCGCUGGCCGUCGUGCUCGUCGACGAGUCGGUGAAGCCGGCCGCGACAACGAAGGCAUCGCCACCAGCGAAGUCGCGGCUGUCGCCCGCGAAGGGGAAGGGGAGAGCGGUCCAUGUCGUGGCGGCGGCGGCGGCAACGGCCGCCCCACCGCUGGAGUGGGAGAGGGGAGGCGGCGCGGAGGAGAGGGGCGAGCUCGCAAGGCGGCUCGGUGAGGAGGCAAGGCGGUGGUUCCUGGAGUUCGUAGAGCGGUUCCUUGACGCCGACGUGGCGGCAGCUGCGCCAUGGGACCGCGACCGUGCGGCGAGGAUGCUUCCGCAGCUGAAGCGCGUCAACGACUGGCUCAGCGAGAUCGGGAAGCCGCCCCCGGUGGCGGUGGAACCUCCGCCCCACGACGCGGGCGACGAGGAGGUCGCCGCCGCAGCGCCCGCCACUGCAUCCAACGGUGUGCCCGAGCAGACGAUAGAACGGCUGAGGAAGAAGAUCUACGAGUACCUCCUCACCAACGUCGACUCGGCCGCCGCCGUGCUCGGCGAGACGUCGCCGGCGGCAAACGGGAGGAAGGGGUGA